UAUGGUGUCAUUGUGCUCGGUGGCGGCGCUGCUGCUGGCUGCUGUAAUGCGCCUGAGCCACGGAGGGACCUUCACCCUCAACUUCACCUGCCCUCCGAUCUGCACCUGCACCCUGGACACACUGAUCUGCACCAGGCAAACCGAGAGCAAAGCCCGGGGAACAUCUUUUACUAACAUCCUAAGAUUAUCGCAUCUUCCUUUCACAGAAGUGCAAAGGGGAACUUUUCGAGGCCUCAUCAACGUGUCCAGAAUUGAAAUCUCCCAAAGUGACUCCAUCAGAAAAAUACGAGGCGAGGCAUUUCUCUCUCUCCACAACCUCAUCGAGCUCUCAAUACUGAACAUCCUUCACCUGUCGACGAUUGAACGGCAUGCCUUCACAGAUCUGCCCAGACUGAAAUACCUGAGCAUCUGCAACACGGGAAUAAGGCAUUUCCCAGAUUUUUCUGGCAUCUCCGCUCUGGGGCUGGAAUUCUUCCUUGAGAUGGGAGACAACAUGCAGCUAAACAGAAUCCCAGCCAACGCAUUUCAAGGCUUAUCCCAGGCGGACACGUACAUGAAUCUCAUCAGAAAUGGAUUCACAAACAUUGAAUCUCAUGCCUUCAAUGGAACCAGACUGGGAAAGUUGAUUCUGAAAGACAACCGGCAGCUAAUUAAAAUCCACGAUGAUGCUUUAGUGGGAGCCGAAGGACCAACUUCGCUCGAUGUAUCGUCCACUGCUCUACGAUCGCUCCCUGCACGAGGACUGAGAGAGUUGAAGGUUCUCAUCGCUCGCUCUACACCUUCCCUAAAGACCCUCCCUCCUCUUGAGAACCUCGCAGAGCUUCAGGAGGCCGAUCUCACCUACCCGAGUCACUGCUGUGCCUUCAACACCUGGAACCGCAACAACAAGGAGACUGAGGUAAUUGGUCACUUUAAGAACCUAACCGUGCUGUGCAACAUGGUCGACCAAGCGGAUAGCAUGGACUCAUCAGAUGAAGAUCUUAAUGACAUCAAUUUCCACUACCCCGAUUUGGAGUUGUGCGUCAGCAGUAGCGCCUUCAAGUGCACACCAGAACCAGACGCCUUCAACCCUUGCGAGGACUUGCUGGGUCACACCUUCUUGCGUGCCGUCACUUGGAUCGUCACAGCUUUCUCACUGGUGGGGAACCUGGCCGUGCUGCUCGUUCUACUCCUGAGCCACCAGAAGCUGAGCGUCUCCCGGUUCCUCAUGUGCAACUUGGCCUUUGCUGAUCUGUGCAUGGGCUUUUAUUUGCUGCUUAUAGCCUUGGCGGACUAUCGCUCACGUCAAGAGUACUACAACCACGCUACGGAUUGGCAGACGGGCAUUGGAUGCGGGGUAGCCGGUUUCUUGACCGUCUUCUCGAGUGAGCUGUCCAUCUAUACUCUCACAAUGAUUACAAUAGAGCGCUGGCACACCAUCACUCAUGCCAUGCAGAUGAGCAGGAGACUGAGGCUUCGCCACAUGGUCACCAUGAUGGUUAUUGGUUGGGGAUUUUCCCUUUUAAUGGCUCUGCUUCCUGUCCUUGGAGUCAGCAGCUACACAAAGGUCAGCAUCUGCCUUCCAAUGGACAUUGAAAGUCCGGUGUCGCAGGGUUACGUGGUGGCCGUGUUGGUCAUAAACUUGGCUGCCUUUUUAAUGGUUUGUUCCAGCUACACCGGGAUUUACUUAAGCGUGCGCAACCCAAAUGUUCCCACACGCCACGGAGACACAAGGAUGGCCAAACGAAUGGCGGUGCUCAUCUUUACGGACUUCUUGUGCAUGGCACCCAUUUCUUUCUUCGCCAUUUCCGCCGCUUUGCAUAUGCCUCUGAUCACAGUCUCCCAAUCCAAAAUCCUGCUCAUCCUUUUCUACCCGAUCAAUUCACUGUGCAACCCGUUUCUCUACACCAUAUUCACACGAGCUUUCCGCAGGGACACGUGUCUGCUUCUGAGCCGAUGCGGCUGUUGCCGAGCACAAGCGGAGUUCUACAGAUUGCAGGGUCUCUCAGGGGUCACUCCAAGGAAGAAGAGCAUGAGGAAAUCUCACUCAAAACAAUUUCGAGCUUACCACAUCAAGCUACAGGGAUGUUUCUUUAACAAAGCUGCAACAUGAGCUUGAUGUUUCAUACUACUGAAUGAUCGACUGCUAAGCAGCGAUCUGUGAAUGCUGUACAUAUUGUAAAUAUAUGGUACAUACU